UAAGUACAUGCGUCCCCAAUGUUUUCCAGGGCAUCAUCGCACGUCGUCCAAGAUGCUGUGACCUCCAGCUUAGCCAAACUAAAAGUUAACGAUCUCAAGACCAUUGCUGGACGAUGUGGCAUCACUGCUAGUGGAAAAAAAGCCGACCUUUGUUCACGUUUAGAUAGCCACUUCGAAAGUAUUGUUAUUAAUGGCACAGCACCAACCAGUAGCGGCGACGCUAAAUUCGAUCCAGAAAGCUCCAUUCCAAAAUCCAUACUUUCAUUCGACGUAGGGUAUAAGAACCUAGCGCACGUAAAACUGGAUUGCAACAAUACUAUCACUGAGUGGUGUCGAACGGACCUCCAACUCGAAAACUUUCACCCAUCGGCGAGUGCACCUAUCAUGCGCAGCUAUGUUCACGAACUUAUAUUACCUGCGCUUAAGGAUGGAAGCGUAAAAGCGAUUGUGAUGGAGCAACAACGGUAUCGUGAAAACGGCGGGCACAAUGUGUUUGAACAUACGAUACGAGUGAAUACGAUCGAGGCUAUGCUGUGGUAUGCUUUGUAUGAAGCUAUUGGUGGACGGCAGUUGUCAUCACCGUAUGUUGUGUUGGAAGCUGUGUCCCGCCCUGCCGUUGAUCGCAUGUGGCGUGCGGAUUGGGAACAAGUGACUCCACCGCCUCCUCCAGACUCUACCAAGGCAAAAAUGAAUCGCUACAAGAAGCUCGCGUGUGUCAAACUGGUCAAGCAUUGGUUGGAGGAAGAUAAAAUGGUGCGCGUCGACCGGCAGGAACUCUGGGAUAAUUUUAUACAGGAAAAGAAGCAGGAUGAUAUGGCUGAUUGUCUCUUACAGGCCAUGUCAUGGUAUCGAUGGCGCCACUCAGCAUUAGAAUAUAUGCAACAGUGCUUGGAAAAGUAGAAAAGCCCUAUAGCUGUUUCAUAGCAUCUAUUGAAUGUAUAUUUGUCUUCUCUUCAAUUGAAUCAUCAUCUAAAGCUAGUCAAUGAAGAUGCAACGACCGACCACCUUCUCGUUUUUUAAGCCGGUAACUCGAAACUUGGAUCCCUUAUCAAAGCUGUACAUCAUAUUAAACCGAAAUUCCAAUGCAAAAAGCCAAGAAUCUUUAUUAACUAAAUGUCGCCAAGAUAUAUUGAUCCACAUGUCUUUUCAUGUAGAAACAGCUCUUUUCUUUUUAAAAAAAAAAGCUACGUCGAUGAUGAACAUUUAGGGACUGAGAAGCAAUACUGUAUUUUAGAAUAAAGUA